AUACCCGUCUCUAUGGUAUACGUUCCUUGGAGCUUCCAUACUACCGGCCUUCAUAUACUGCUGGUGAUUUGUGCGUUUUAUCAUCGUGUCUAUUCCUUGAAUCCAUCUUUUGGUUGAGAAUCCUACAAGCAGGAGCUGCGCAAUGGAGGAUCCCUGGGCCGACAGCGCCAUCGGCGGCGAGAGCAACAACAGCUCCUCUACAGUUCCCCAGUCCGAUGACACGGCGCCCGCCGACAGCACCGCCGCCCCGUCCACAUCGUCAACCCUGACGCCGUCAACCCACACGAGCAGCAGCCGACCCUCGCGCCUGACACCCCGUCGCCUGGUCGCCCAACCAACCCGUCUCGAGGCCGUCGAGGACGAUCCGCUUGGUCCUCUAGGUGCCAGCACCCCUACGGCCACUGACACCCCGCUUGCCCCCCCUCAGCCGCCUCUCAAGGAGCAGCUACCCUUAAGGACGACCUUGUCCGGAGGCCCGAACCAGAUCGGCAGCGGCGCCAGGAGGCCCGGCGGUGGACCCUCCGACCCGCACCGCAUCGAGGAGGAGGAGCUAUACAAUGAUAGUUCGAGCGGGCCAAGGCAGCCGCCGCCGGUACCGCCUGCCCUGCCAAGCCCGGUGCGCACGUCGAUGCAGCCGAGCGUCAGUAUAGAGCAGGCGGCGAACCCAACGUUCCAUAUCUCUGUCGGCGAUCCCCACAAGGUUGGCGAUUUGACUAGUAGUCAUAUAGUUUACUCUGUGAGGACAAAGACGACAUCAAAAGCCUACAAGCAGCCCGAGUUUGAAGUCAAGCGGCGGUACCGCGAUUUCUUAUGGCUCUACAACACGCUACACGCCAACAACCCGGGCGUGGUGGUGCCUCCUCCGCCCGAGAAGCAGGCGGUGGGCCGGUUCGAAAGCAACUUUGUCGAGGCGCGACGCGCCGCUCUGGAAAAGAUGCUUAACAAGACAGCCGCCCAUCCGACGUUACAGCACGAUGCCGACCUCAAGCUGUUCUUGGAGAGCGAGGCGUUCAACAUCGAUGUCAAGCACAAGGAGCGCAAGGAGCCACACUUGGGCGAGAGCAAGGGCGUGCUGAGCACGUUUGGUAUUAGUGUCGGAAGCGGGAACAAGUUCGUGGAGCAGGAUGAUUGGUUCCAUGAUCGCAGAGUCUACCUUGAUGCUCUUGAGAACCAACUCAAGGGCCUUCUGAAGGCCAUGGACAGCAUGGUCGCGCAGCGCAAAGCGAUGGCGGAGGCCGCUGGCGAGUUCUCGGCCUCUCUCCAUGCUCUCUCGACCGUGGAGCUGUCGCCUACUCUCUCCGGCCCUCUCGACGCGCUCUCGGAGUUGCAGCUUACCAUUAGAGACGUGUAUGACCGCCAAGCCCAACAGGAUGUGCUCACCUUCGGUAUCAUCAUCGAAGAGUACAUCCGUCUCAUUGGCAGUGUCAAGCAGGCCUUCUCGCAGCGCCAGAAGGCAUUUUAUAGCUGGCACAGCGCCGAGUCGGAAUUGCAGAAGCGGAAGGCUAGCCAGGACAAGCUCUUGAGGCAAGGCAAGAGUCAGCAGGACCGCUUGAACCAAGUUAAUGCCGAGGUGGCGGAUGCUGAACGCAAGGUGCAUCAGGCGCGCUUGUUGUUUGAGGACAUGGGCCGUCUGAUGCGCGCUGAGCUGGACAGGUUCGAGAGGGAGAAGGUUGAGGACUUCAAGUCGGGUGUUGAGACCUUCUUGGAAAGUGCCGUUGAGGCUCAGAAGGAGUUGAUCGAGAAGUGGGAGACCUUCCUCAUGCAGCUCGACACCGAAGACGACGAGACCGUGUUCUACCGUCCUCCGGUCGUCCAAGCGAACAAGCCUGCCGGUGACACGGCGGUGGAUCGAGCUCGGGCGAGGAUCGACGAUGACUCCGAUUAGGAUCGUGGUCUUGUGGGAAAUGACCAGUCGGCGAGGACCACUUCGCCAUCGAACCUAACCGACCGCACGAACCAAGCAAAAAGGAUUCCAGACUAUAAGAAAGCGGAUAGUGCAUGGUCGUGGUUUUAGGAGAGGGCGAAGCUAGAACAGUCCCACAGACGGCCACAGAGACAUAAAUAACUCCUGGUCCGGGCGCCGCGCUUGGGAGGAUAGUGACAUUGCAGGAGAACCAGCCUGUUGUCGGGGCUAACAGAAAGACAGGAAGCAUAGGAGUUAGCAGCCCCCGUAUCCACCUUAGCACAUGAAUACAAAUAUAAUGAUGAUGGUUUAGA